CAAGUGCUGUGAGCAUCAAAACCCAGUUGGAGUGAAGCAAAACAACGCAUGUUGUGUGUUUCAAUCUCUGCCUUUAACCCCUCUUCUCAAUCUCAUGAUUCACUUGCCUGAAAAUUUAACUCUUAACAUCCCUGAUCUGUCAGUCUCUCUCUCUCUCUAAGUUUGGAUUGCUGAGAGCGAGCCAUGAGAGCAUCCCUUUUCUUUCUCACUUGCUUAACCCUCGUGGUCGCAUAUGUUCAUCAAUUUCAAGCUCAUGCUGCUCCAGCAGCGCCCUUGAUAAAGCACUUGUCCUCUCUUGUCAAAUGGACGGCUAGGUCUUCCUCCAAAACACCCUUAUCAGAUGGAAAUGUACUUCAAUUUGAAAAUGGAUACCUAGUUGAAACUGUUGUGGAAGGAAAUGCACUUGGGGUCGUGCCUCACUCGAUCCGUGUAUCAGAAGAUGGGGAACUCUUUGCUGUUGAUGCAUUAAAUAGCAAUAUUGUUCGAAUUACUCCACCAUUGUCCCAAUAUAGUAGGGCAAGAUUGGUUGCUGGGUCAUUUCAGGGUUACACAGGGCAUGUUGAUGGAAAACCAAGUGAUGCUCGUUUUAACCAUCCGAAAGGGGUAACAAUGGAUGAUAAGGGGAAUGUAUAUGUUGCUGAUACCUCAAAUCUUGCCAUCAGAAAGAUAGGAGAAUCAGGUGUGACAACCAUUGCCGGAGGAAAAUCAAAUGUUGCAGGUUACAGGGAUGGGCCAAGCGAGGAUGCAAAAUUCUCGGCUGACUUUGACGUGAUUUAUGUUCGGCCCACCUGCUCAUUGCUAGUCAUUGACAGAGGAAAUGCUGCUCUUCGGCAAAUCUCUCUGAACCAAGAGGAUUGUGAUUACCAGUACAGUUCCAUUUCAGCCACAGAUGUGUUUAUGGUUAUUGGUGCCGUCUUGAUAGGAUAUGCUGUCUGCAUGCUUCAGCAAGGUUUUCGACCAUCCGUAGUUACAAGAAUGCCGAUGGAGGAGAUUAACUCGCAAGAACAACUGAGCAAGGAGAAACCCACUCCUAUUGUGGAGACUGUAAAAGAAGAACAAGUAGCAGGGUGGCCAUCUUUUGGACAGCUCAUCGUGGAUCUGUGCAAGCUUGGCCUUGAAGCAUCAGGUAGCAUCUUCCUUUACUUAAUGCCCUUCCGUUUCAAGCGAAACGGCCAUGGAAAAGGCUCUGGGAAUGGUUUAACUCCGCUGAAAGAUUCCCUCAUAAUGCCCGAAGAUGAAGCUGAACCCCCUUUAGUUCAAAAGCAGAGGACUCCAGCUUCUCUUUCUGAAUCCCGGCAGGCUCAUACUCCAAAUUCCAGUGAUCAGUAUUCAGAAAUGAAGCCCUCAAAGAUGCGAUCUACAAGUUUCAAAGAUCCUUCUUUGUCAAGCAAGCACAGAUCCUCAAAACGACAAGAGCAUGCUGAAUAUUAUGCAUCAGGUGAGGUUCCUCCAUAUGUUCAGGUCAGGUCCAAGAGCCAGAAAGAAAGAACGAAGCAUCGCCAACGUGACAAAAGUGGAGAAGUCGGUUUUGGAGCAAGCGGGAUGGACCCGAAACCAGCUGAGAUGAAGCCAGUGAACUAUGAUGAUCGGAAGUAUGAUCAUUACAAUGUCAGGACCAAGUAUGGAGAUUCGUUUCGUUAUGAUUAGGCUGCAUUGCUUAGUGACUGCUCUUACAACGUUGUAUUGACCAUGGAGUCUGUACAUUUUUUUUUUGUGCUGUUUGUCUGUAAUUCAACCGAUACCCGAGGCAAGGACUUGUUCAUUUAGAGGCCAGAAACUUGUCUGUCUCUGAAGAUGUGUGUUAGAUUCAGGAUAUUCUGAACAUCAGUAUCCUUGAUGGCUUCUUCUUGUAAUCCAGUUCUGCUUUAGAAAUUGACAAGCAGGUUAACGCCUAAGUUGGUAGCUCUCAGUAGGCUUUUCUGUUAUUCGCAAGAGAUGUGUACACCUAGUCUGGAUUGAUCACUAAAUUUUAC